CCUAAUGAACUAGCACCAACUGUUUUUUGUAUAGGUGGCGCAGUGUUAUUGGUCAGUAAACAAUACUCCGCUGAGUCUUUGGGGGAGAGAAUCCAAACCCAAAAAAGUCGGCUCUUUUCAUCAAAACCACAUUUCUUCACAUUUUCACUCGCAAUCUGACCAGCUUAGCAACGAAGCACAAACCAACCCCCUCUUAUCUCUCUCUCACACACAGUUACAGUAGUUACAUGGUGUCUCUGAAUCCGAACUCACCGGAAGGCUUCUACUUGGAUCCGACAGGAAUGGCCCUUCCCGGUAUUGGCUCUUUCUCAACACCUGCGGCCACAGCAGCUGCCAACACCACGUCGACGGCGGAGGAUCCGAGCAAGAAGAUCCGGAAACCCUACACCAUUACCAAAUCCAGAGAGAGCUGGACCGAGCCCGAGCACGACAAGUUCCUCGAAGCACUCCAACUCUUUGACCGUGAUUGGAAAAAGAUUGAAGCAUUUGUUGGCUCAAAAACUGUCAUCCAGAUACGAAGCCAUGCACAGAAGUACUUUUUGAAGGCUCAAAAAAGUGGGACCAAUGAACAUCUACCUCCCCCUCGGCCAAAAAGGAAAGCUGCUCAUCCCUAUCCGCAGAAAGCCUCAAAAAAUGCUCCAGCGAUAUCACAAUUUCAGACUUUGCCUGUGCUACCUGAUCCUGGAUUUGUACCAAGGCCGGAUUCUUCUUCUUUGCAAAGGAAUCCAGUAACUAGUGCAGCUGUGUCUUCCUGGACUGACAACUCUGUGCAAACAGUCAGUUUAUCACAUAUGACAAAAGGUGAUAUGAAAUCUGGGCAACUGGUGACAAAUCACUAUUGCAGUAGCACUGAGAGCACUCCAAGAACAAGGCCAACGGGUGAAAUGAUUGAUCAAGGAAAUCAUUGCCCUUCAUUGAGAGGUGCACAUGGAUUUAGCUUGCAAAGGAGGCUCAAGGGGAGAUGGAGAUUUUCCGGAUUUUCCACUUUUAUUUUAUUAUUGUUUCUUAGCGAAACAGUUUGUAAUAAGGUUCACUUAGUGGUGGAAUUUUAAUUUGUUGGUGGAUGUAAUAGAUUUCCUUUGUAACGAUCCGAAAAUUCUAAUACAAGAAUCAUCAAAUUACAUCAAAAAUCUCACAGGAUCAAAAAUAAAAACAACCUCCAUAAUGCAAAAGAUCCUCAAAUAUAUAAGAAUUCAAAGCCCUAAAAUAUAGUCUAAAUAAUCUCCAAAUAGGCAUAAAAAUUCUGCAACACAGCUCCACCCCUAAGCCUGCAACUAGGAAUCCCCGAUCCUCUUCGAUACUUGAAACUGGAGGGUGGUGAGACGGAACGUCCCAGUACGAAAAACCAUAACAAAAAUUUCAAGGAGGUUUCAUGAAAGUUAGCUUCAUAAAAUAUACAUUUGCUUUUGAACAAAAAUACAUAUAUGCAAUUUGAGCAAAAUAAUAGUCUAACAAAAUAUGUGAAGCUAAAUUACCUCAAGCCAUUCAAGGUAUAGAGAACCCUACCCAUAAAAGUAAUUUUCCUCACUGGUUCUGCAAAAUCUCAAACUCUCGGCCUUCUCUGCAUCUCUUGGCCCUCUACUUUCCUCUAACUUUUGCCGGCCAGCCCCAUUUUUCUUCUUUUAAUUUCUCUCCCCCCCUGGACACCAUCUCACCCAUCAAACAACACACACACACACACCAUAUAAUAUGUGACUAAAACAAAAUCCACCUUCUGUGUAAAUGAAUCCCACUCAAAAACAAACACGGAAGACAAAAUGUAACUAACCCAAAUAAAAUCCCAUAAAUCAAGUCUUCUUAAACAACAAACCCAUGUUAAAUAAACAAAAGGAUAAAGGUAGCCUAAUAAAAUAAUAAAACAAAAUCUCCUCCACUUUAAUCAAUUAUCCAACUCAUAAAACUUAACAAAAAUUAGCCCACUAAUAACUCCAAUAAUCAAUCUUUGAAAACUAAAAAUGAUGAAAUAAUAUAAUUUAAAAUCCUAAAAAUUCGGGUUGUCACAUUCUCCAUCAUUUAAGAAGAAUUUCAUCCUCAAAAUUUAGAUCUAACAGUUUUUACAUAUCCGAAAACAUCAACAAUCACAAAAUAAAAUUCAUAAAUCCUUACCCCAAGCGAUGUGAGAUACCGUGACAUGUAGGACGUUGUGGUAGCUAGACAGUGCUAGUCACCCACCCACACACUCUGCAACCGUUGUGGUGGCUAGCUGAUGCCGUCACCCGCCUACUCAAAAUACAACCAGUAACAAACUAGGGCCACAUGCCCAAUUACAAGAACUAAUCAUCCCCAGUAGCUAGCCAGUGAAUGACAUUCGCCCACACACACCGGCUACAAGUCGUAGCUCGCUGAUGCUAAACACUCGCCCACUCACACCAGUCUACAUCGUUACUACACUCACACCAGUCUACAUCGUUACUACACUCACACUUCCGGCUGGGUACAGGCUCUGAUACCAUUCUGUAACGAUCUGAAAAUUCUAAUACAGCUCCGCCCCUAAGCCUGCAACUAGGAAUCCCCGAUCCUCUUCGGUACCUAAAAUUGGAGGGUGGUGAGACGGAAAGUCCCAGUAGGAAAAACCAUAAGAAUUUCAAGGAGGUUUCAUGAAAAUUAGCUUUAUAAAAUAGACAUAUGCUUUUGAACAAAAAUACAUAUAUGCAAUUUGAGCAAAAUAAUAUAGUCUAACAAAAUAUUUGAAGCAAAAUCACCCCAAGCCAUUCAAGGUAUGGAGAACCCUACCCAUAAAAGUAAUUUUCCUCAAUGGUUCUGCAAAAUCUCAAAUUCUCGGCCUUCUCUACAUCUCUUUGCCCUCUUUGAACUCUCAACUUUCCUCUAACUUUUGCCGGCCUGCCCCAUUUUUCUUCUUUUAAUGUCUUUGUGUCCCUGGACACCAUCUCACCCAUCAAACAAUACACACACAUACAUAUAUAUAAUAUGUGACUAAAACAAAAUCCACCUUCUGUGUAAAUGAAUCCCACUCAAAAACAAACACAGAAGGCAAAAUGUAACUAACCCAUCACUUUCCUCCAUUAUCUUAACAAUAUAAAAUAAUAAUAAAAUCCCAUAAAUCAAGUCUUGUUAAACAACAAACCCACGUUAAACAAACAGAAGGAUAAAGCUAACCUAAUAAAAUAAUAAAACAAAAUCUCCUCCACUUUAAUCAAUUAUCCAACUCAUAAAACUUAUUAAAAAUCAGCCCACUAAUGACUCCAAUAAUCAAUCUUUGAAAACUAAAAAUGAUGAAAUAAUAUAAUUUAAAAUCCUUAAAAUUCGGGUUGUCACAGUUGACAUCUUCUUAUGGUCUGAUCUGAAAAGUUAAACUCAUUUUCUCUGUAACCAACCUAUAUUUCUAACUUGUUAUCCUCUCCAUUAAAAUUGAGUUGGAAUCUUUCAUUUGCUUGUAAUAUGGCUUUUUCUGAUUACUGUGAUAGCAACUAUACGAUAUGCAUACAUGGGCCACUCCUGUACCUUUGGAUCCACGAAUGUUAUUUUUAUUCUUUUUGUGAUUGAUGUAGCUUCAUCCCUUUUUUGGUUUUUUCUUGAGUGAACUAUAAAGGCUUAGUAUUUUAUCUUUUACUAGCAGUUUUUUACUUCUCUACGAACAUUAUUGUAUUCUUCUCAUACCAUCACAGGCUUAGUAGUUAAUCUUUAGAUGUCCUGCAAUUCUUUACCUUCUUACUAUAUUCCUUAUACUGUUACUAUCACUAAUAACCUUUUUGUUUG